GGAUCAGUGUUUACUUCAGUUAAUCAUGGCUGCUGCUGUCAUCUCCUACUUGCUGCUUCUCCUCGUCCAUUCAACCUUCACUACAGCUUUUUCCGAUGCUUCUGAUCACGACGCCAAGAAUUUGGCAAUCCGCGUUGAAGAAUCAAGUGAUUCGCCGAGUUAUCUAGCAAUCCAGUUCUUGAACCUAGGCGACCGAACAGAAAUCGUUGCUGUGGAUGUAGCACAGGUUGGGUCUCUGAACUGGAAUUUCAUGAGCCGGAAGAAUGAGGGAGAAAGCGGGCCUGCAAUUUGGGAGACGAAUAGAGUUCCAAGCGGGGCGCUGCAGUUUCGGGUGGUGGUCACGGCGGGGUUCGACGGCAAGUGGUAUUGGGCUAGUAAGGUGAUGCCGGAGGAUUGGAAAAGUGGAGAGGUUUAUGAUACUGAACUUUGUAUUACUGACAUUGACAUUGCCAUGGAGACCGACUAUUCCUUUGAAUUGUGAUGUGCACCAUGCAGUUUUUGGUUUUGCUUUAAUAAAUAGUACUAUAGAAUUGAAGAAGUAAGAGUGAUAGAUGAUGUAUACCUUGAAAUUGUAAUAUACUUCAAUUCCUAGUGAUAAUGUGACUCUUAUG